CACACACACACACACACACACACACACACACACACACUCACAGAGACACUUGGUCUUGAAAGCACAAGACGGAGUACAAGGAGCAUGUUUCUCUCAUUUCCAUUCACUUAGAGCGGACUAACCAACAGCUUCAGCUACAAAACUGGUGCCAUAGGAUCUGAAGCAUGAGUCAUUGUUCAGCCUCCAGGGUGCGACAGCAUGUCCACUGUGAUUCCUGCUACAGCCGGCGCUGCAGGGCUCGGGUGGAGGUCUCUGUGUGCUGUGCGGUCAUCCCCUGCCGCCUGCUCUGUGGAGCUCUCUUCCACCUGUGUAAAGAGGAGGAUCACCUGCUGCUCUGCCCUAACGUGAGGGUGCCCUGCCUCAACGCUGAGUAUGGCUGCCCGCUCCACCUGCCCCGCUCUUCGCAGGCAGCUCACCUCCAGGUGUGUCCGGCCAGCGUGGUCUGUUGCUCCAUGGAGUGGAACCGAUGGCCGGUCAAUGACGCCCAUUCUCAUCCAAACACAGAGCUGCAUGAAAACCUGCUCAGGGAAGGAGAGCAGAAAGGAUGUCUGGACCUGGCCAUGGCCCUGAAAGACCAGGACCUCCUGUUUCACUCCAUGAAGAUGAAGAAACUGUUCCCAGAGCUGAUCAGUGUGGAGGAGGAGGAGGAGGAGGAGGAGGAAGAGAGGAGGAAGAAGAAGCAGGAAAAAGAGGAAGCCAAAAAGGCAGCUACAAAAGAUGCCAGUGGUCAAACAGGGAAGUCUUUUAACAUGUUUGACAUCUAUAACCCUGAUAUUAAAGAAGAUGAGGAUGAAGAUGAGGUGGAAUUUAAGCAGGAGCCAAACCAGGAGGAGAGAGAGGCUACUGACAGCCGAGUGAAUGCUGAUCAGUUAGAAAGCUACAACGCCUGGGAGCGUAUGUUUAGUAUGGAGAUGGGUGGCUGCAGGGAAGCUGGGGAGGCAGUCAGAGACCAGGGACUGUCGAAAGGAAAAGGCCUGGGCACUCUGACAGAGGAAGAUACAGCAGAGACUUGUGUGGGUGCCAAAGCAUCAAACACCUGCAAACAGGGGAGCAGUGCAUAUAUUGCUUCCUCCACAUCCUCCUCUUGUCCUGCUGUUAAACUGAAAAAGAAAUUUGAGUAUGGACAUGUGGAGCCAAUGAAGAUUAUCACUGUGCGUACCUUUAAAACCCCAACCAGCUUCUCUGCCAAGCAGUGCCGUAUCCGCAACCCUAGUUUCUACAAGAGGGAGAAUCGAGCUGUGGAUACUAGUGAUCUGGGGGUGGCGCUAGAGGAUAUGCCAGUAUGGGAGGAAGUUCAGGCCUCUCUGCUGUGCUCCCUGGAGAAGGAGAAAAGGGGUCACCUCAUUGCAGAGAGCGUAUUCACAGACGCUCUGCUACAAGAUGAGGGCACACAGACCUACAACUUCCUGUCUGCUCCUUUCCGGACAAACACGUUGCUGGCUGAGCUGACUGCUGCAAAACCGUUGGAGCUUCACCUUCAGCUGCAGGUGGAGAGCGUCACCAGCCGGCACCACAAGGCCAGCUCCGCCUUUACCUUCCUCUGUGGACACACCUUCCAGCGCAGAGAAUAUGGCAAACAUUAUAAGAACAGCCACAGUGACAUCCAGAUGGGUGUGAACGGAUGGUUCGAGCAGAGAUGCCCACUGGCAAACUUGGGAUGCACCUACAGCCAGAGGAGGUUUCAGCCCUCCACACAAAAAGCCACCAUCUCCUACAACGAGGAUCUGGGCUGCUUUAGCCUGCAACCCACCACCCCUGUCUCUCUGAGUGAUGUCACCCAGACAUCCAGCUGCUCAGAGGACUCCUCCACAGCUCAGAGGAAAAGAGGAGAUCGGGGUGGAGGAGGAGGAGGAAAGGACUCUCUGAGCUCGCUGCCCUACGAGGUGCUGUGCCACAUGGCCAGUUUUCUGGACAGUCUGUCCCUGUCCCAGCUGGCUCUGGUGUCCCAGCUGAUGAGGCAGGUGUGCUCCUCUCUGCUGCAGGAGAGAGGGAUGGUCACCCUCCGCUGGGAGAGGAAGACCUACUCACAUGGAGGAGCCAAGUGGCGGGUAAAGCAGAUGGUAUGGCAGUUUAGCACUUUGUUCUCUCCUGUGGACACUUGGGCCUUCCAAGACAUGCCGUCCAUGUCCGAGCACCUAAAGGUGUGUCACUACUAUGAGAGAGAGUCCAGGACAGAGAAGAUUCACCUGCCGCGUAUUAGAGAAGAAGAAGUCCAAACCAAGACAAGCUGCGAAGCCUCCACUCUGGUUAGUUUGUUUCAGCAGAAGAGGAUCAUGAUGUAGUGUAUGUUGCUUUAAUCUGUUAUUAUGAAACAGAUGUUGCCCACUCUUUUCUCUCUCCCCAUAUCUCCUGUCACUGCCAUCCACUGUCAUUUAAAAUAUAACAGAGAAAAAUGCCAUUAAAAAAUAAGAAAGAAAUGAGUGAAACCUAAGUGAUCUUAUUACUUAUUAGAGUAGAGGAGAAUUAUGAACAAAUCAGGAGCAUCUA